GGUGGGUUAGGGGGAUGGAGUGCAUGUGGACUAUACACUCAUGAGUAGAGACGAGGACAGACGAGCUGCGUGUGGAACUGUAUUGUAUUGUGAGCCUGGAACCUUGCACUGAACCAGACCAGAGUUAUGUACUGUGCUCAUCCUGUCUCCGGCACAGGCAACAACUCAUUCAUGUAUUGCUACAACAUGAAACCUGUUUAUGGGCAGUCUCCCAACAAUGACGACAUCAACCAGAACUUAUCCUCGCAUCCGUCCAACAAGGCCCACACCAAUGUGUUCGCAAGCGCCUUCUUUGAGGGGGCGAGCAAUUCGCCCGACAUCUGGAAUGCAGUAAACGGGCUGAACCAGCAGGGCUAUGAAGGUGCACUGGGAGCAGCCACAACCCACCAAACACAGCCGGGGAGCUACAGCAGCCUGCAACCACCACACAGUCACCUGGAAUACUCCUCACAUUCGGUGAUGGCCGCUGAUAUGAACCGCGGCCUCCCACCCAUGUCCACGUUUCACCGCAACAACGCGGCCCCACGCACGCCGUCGGUCAACACCUCAGAGAAUUCAACAGUCACAGGCAGUCAGGGAAACGUGUCAGGAGGGUCACAGACAGGCGCUACCUUGGGCAAAGCUCUGGCCUCUAUUUAUUCCCCUGAUCACACCAGCAGCAGCUUCGCCUCCAGCUCGUCCACACCAGCGAGGACCCCGUCCCCUCUGCCCAGCACAGCUGAACCUGCAGGUUCUAACAUGUGGCCCCGGAGUUCAGUUCAGGCCCCAGUCUCACCACAUUAUGAGUCUUCACUUAUAUCAAUGUCUCAGGUGGAGGACCGUCUGGACAGACUCGACGAGGUGAUCCACGUCCUGAGGAACCACGCCGUCGGCCCCACACCCGGUCUGCCCCCCGACAUCCACGGCCUGCUGAACCAGACCCACCACAGCCAUCCGGGCUCUGCCAACACUCUGCAGCUCUCCUGUCACACUCCGGCCAUGGUUGAAGCUGUCAGCAUGAACAGCAACAACUCAGCCUUCCAGAGCCGCGCACAAAAUGGCCACCCAUACCCAGCCAGGCAGAGGGCCACACUUCAGCCCAUGCAGGGUGGAGGAGGUGUGGGAAUCCAUGGUAAUCUGGGGCUGAAGAUGGAAAGUGGCGACAGGGAAGAGAUGAUGCACACCGGUCACAGCUCAGACAGCCAGAGAUCAGACGAGGAGAGCGAACACAAAACACAUGGAGAAAACAGCAGCAGGAACAGUAUUCAUGAGGAUGAGGACCUGAGCCCGGAGCAGAAGGCCGAACGUGAGCGUGAGAGGAGGAUGGCCAACAACGCGCGUGAACGCCUGCGCGUGCGGGACAUCAACGAGGCCUUCAAGGAGCUGGGCCACAUGUGUCAGCUGCACCUGAAGAGCGAGAAGCCGCAGACCAAGCUGCUGGUGCUGCACCAGGCUGUGGCAGUGAUCCUCAGUCUGGAACAACAAGUCAGAGAGAGGAACCUGAACCCGAAGGCGGCGUGCCUGCGGAGGAGAGAGGAGGAGAAGGCCUCCACAGUCAUGACCGAUCCACAGUCCAUGCAUCUCGCUUUUCAUCCCAGUCUGACUGACCCGGCAAACCCCAUGGGCCAUCUCUGAACAUCUGAUCAUGACCACAUCACCACCAACAAACGUUGACUGAAGAGCGUCUCGGGAGUUCGGAGCGGAGCGGAGCGGUCGACCUCUCUGAUUGUAAAGUGUGACGCAGUUGAACAAUCAUCUCCUCACUUCCACGAAACCAACUCCCAACUUUGUGCCUAAACUUUACUCGUAACAGACAAAUGCAUUGUACGCUGCAGAUGUUUUGUACAUAUUUUGUAUAUUUAUUGAUGACCUUUAUGUUUGAUUCCAUCUGAAUGGAUGAGACCCGGGCGCGGCGAGGUGUCAUCUGCAGUAUUUUCAGUUUGGCAGCGCCAGAUAUAUCUCUGUCUGACUUUUACAGUGCAUCACUAUUUACCACGUACACUCGUGAUCUCCACCGAGCUCAGAGGACUGACCUGACCACACAUUUGUGCGUUCAGACGACAGAUUGCAUUUUGUCCUGUGGUUUGUGUGUGUGAGUGUGUGAGUAUCGCAGGAGUUUGACCAUUCUGUGAAUGAACAGAUCUCCGGGAAUGUUCUUAAAUGUGUGGGCGUCAUCUGUUACUUGUAUAUUUGUUAUAAAUUUGUGUUUUAGCACUGUGGACGAGGUUACACUUGCUGAAACUUCUUCUGAGUGUGAUCAUGUAGUUAAAGCUCUUUGCAUGUUUUGAGUUUUUAAAUAGAACAUUUUUGUUUUUUCUAAGUUAUGUAAGUUAUCUUUUAUACAGAUAUUGUGAAUAUAUUAAUGUCUCUAUUUGCUUUUUUCCAUUAUGAUUUUACACUGAUCGCUUUUUGUGCAGUUUCAUUAGAUGUAGCCACAUUUCAUGCUCUGAGCAAUACAGUAUUACAGAAUAUUUGAUGUCUUGUUUGCUUAUCACACUGUUGAACAGAUAAUGAAUAAUAAUCAAGCAUAAUCUGAAAUACUCCUAUCAUAACAUGUUCUGUGUGUACAGUUUGAAGUAGCCUACAGGCAUGUGUCAAAUGAUAAUUUAGCAAUAAAUGUCUUCUUUUUUUUCCAAAA